GGAUCUUGUGUGAUCCGGUGAUCUGGCAACCCGUGCCAAAAUGAAACCAGGGCACUAUCUAUUUAGCUUUUUCAUUAGCUUAGCUUAGCUUGUGCGUUUAAAAUAGCCUAAUCGCCUGAUCUGAGCACUGUGUGAUUAUAAAUAUUCAAGCGAUUUAAGUAGAAUAAAUAUUUAACACGCCGUGUCCUCGGAGUGAAGUCUGAGUGUUAGCACAUCGGCUCACAAGCUAACAACAUACGCAGCUCAAGCAGAGCUUUAACAGGCUCCUGAUGACCUCUGACCCCUGUGUUCUCUGGUGUGAGGCCAUGAUCAGUGUUACACUGUGAAGUCAUGAGUCAGAGGAACAUCGCUGCUGACCUACUGAAUAGAAAAAUCCGGGAGAACAGGGCUCUGAGUUUACAGAGACACCACCAUGUGACUGACCCGUUUAUAAAACGACUCGGCCUGGAGGCAGAGCUACAGGGUCACUCAGGGUGUGUGAACUGUCUGGAAUGGAAUGAGAAAGGAGAUGUGUUAGCGUCAGGAUCUGAUGAUCAGCAUGUGAUGGUGUGGGAUCCUCUCAGACACAGGAAGUUGAUGAGCAUGCACACGGGUCACGCUGCUAACAUCUUCUCCGUCAAGUUCCUGCCACACACUGGAGAUCGGAUCCUGGUGACCGGAGCCGCAGACACAAAGGUCCAUGUUCACGAUGUGACGGUCAAGGAGACGAUCCACAUGUUCUCCGAUCACACUAACAGAGUGAAGCGCAUCGCCACCGCCCCCAUGUGGCCAAACACGUUCUGGAGCGCAGCUGAGGAUGGCGUCAUCAGGCAGUAUGAUUUGAGAGAGAGCAGUAAACGCUCAGACGUUUUAAUCGAUCUGACGGAAUAUUGUGGUCAGCUUGUGGAGGCCAAAUGUCUCGCUGUGAACCCGAGGGAUAAUAACUACCUCGCCGUGGGAGCUAAUGGCCCAUUUGUACGCCUCUACGACAUCCGCAUGAUCCACAACCACAGGAAGUCUCUAAGUCAGAGUGCAGGAGUUCACACAUUCUGUGAUAAAAAGAAGCCCAUCCCUGACGGAGCUGGACAGUACUACGUAGCAGGUCACCUCCCAGUGAAACUGCCAGAUUAUAAUAACAGGCUGCGUGUGUUGGUGGCCACGUACGUGACUUUCAGUCCUGAUGGGACAGAGCUGCUGGUGAAUAUGGGCGGAGAACAGGUGUAUCUGUUUGAUUUGACGUUUAAACAAAGACCGUACACCUUCCUGCUGCCCAAGAAGUGCCAUUCCUCAACAGUGCUCAAUGUUUCUGGAGAGGUGCAAAAUGGGAAAACCACAAAUGGAGUGUCUAAUGGACUUCAUCUUCCUGCCAACUGUCUGAAACUCGCUAAUAACAAACCCUCCAGUGAGCUGCCCCCCCACCUGGAGCGCAUUAAACAGCAGGCUAAUGAUGCAUUUGCACGUCAGCAGUGGACUCAGGCCAUCCAGCUGUACAGUCUGGGGAUCCACACAGCGGGACAGAGCAAUGCGAUGCUGUACGGGAACCGAGCCGCUGCCUACAUGAAGCGCAAAUGGGACGGGGAUCAUUACGACGCUCUGCGUGACUGUCUCAGAGCUCUGUCUCUGAAUCCGGCUCAUCUGAAGGCACACUUCCGGCUGGCUCGCUGUCUGUUCGAGCUGAAGUACGUGGCCGAGGCUCUGGAGUGUCUGGAUGAUUUUAAAGGGAAAUUUCCAGAACAGGCUCACAGCAGCGCCUGCAGCGCCCUGGACAAGGACAUUAAAGCUGCUCUGUUCUCUAAAAAUGACUCUGCAGAUGAGAAGAAAGGGAGCAGCUCCAUUCGCUUCCACAACUUCAGCCGUAAAGAGUCCAUCCCUGAGGACGAGAUCAUCCUGAGAGAGCGCAGCUACGACUACAAGCACAGAUACUGCGGUCACUGCAACACCACCACCGACAUCAAAGAGGCUAACUUCUUCGGCAGUAAAGGACAGUACGUUGUGAGCGGAUCAGAUGACGGCUCAUUUUUUAUAUGGGAGAAGGAGACCACAAACCUGGUGCGAGUGCUGCAGGGGGACGAGUCCAUAGUGAACUGCCUCCAGCCGCAUCCCAGUUACUGUUUCCUAGCAACCAGCGGCAUUGACCCUGUUGUGCGGCUCUGGAGCCCCCGACCUGAGACGGACAGUGAGAAUGGUCGUGUGGUGGAGGAUAUGGAAGGAGCAUCUCAGGCUAAUCAGAGGAGGAUGAAUGCUGAUCCUUUGGAGGUGAUGCUGCUCAACAUGGGCUAUCGCAUCACGGGGCUGAGCGGCGGCCAUGAAGCCUCCGAUGAGGACGAGGACAACACGGAGGGUCAGGUGCAGUGCCGCACCAGCUAGAGAGUGUGUGAGAGUGUGUGAGAGUGUGUGAGAGUGUGUGAGAGUGUGUGUGAGUGUGUGUGAGUGUGUGUGAGAGUGUGUGAGUGUGUGAGAGUGUGUGAGAGUGUGUGAGUGUGUGUGUGAGUGUGUGUGUGAGUGUGUGUGUGAGUGUGUGUGUGCGUGUGCGUGCGUGUUUCCUCCACCUGUGGCUCUGCAAUGCACACUCCCCCUUGGAGAGGAAGGGAACAAAGAGUAAGGCACUUGAUCCCUAGAGUGGGCGGAGCUUCAGACCGGAUGAUGACAAACUCGUUUCCUCAGCGGUUCUGGGACUGUGUGUAGUUUUGUUCAGUUUGUCCCACUCUGAUGUCACUUCCUGUUCCUGCAGCUGAGACUCCCCCCCCCAUCACUCGCCUGUAUCCGUCUGUCAGACUUAAGCACUUUGUUUAAAUGGAGGACUUUUCCCAGGAUUAUAAAUGUUUUAUUUUUCUCUUUGAGCUUCUGGUGUUUCACUUGUUUGUGUUUCAGGAUUAAAUGAGCAGUUCACAAGGUUCUCAGUUUCUUGGCUGAGAUGUGUUUGCUUUUGUGAUGCUGUGAAGUAUAUGGCCUCCAGUUUAGCAUGCUUGACUAAAUAAAUCACAGACAGGAAAAAGGUAUGAGAGCACUUCCUUUCUCACUGCAGAGUUUGGUCUCAGAUCCAGGUAAGGUGUGUGGCCAACAUCUGGAGACUGAAUUUAUAAAUUAGAAAGGAAUCUGAUGAUAAAGUGUACGUUUGAGUUGCGUAUUUAAUUUCUUUUCUUAGUUUAGGAAGCUUUAUGUACUAAAUGGUGAAUUUGGGUGGAGUUAGACUCCAUUUAGAGCUUUAUGUUAAACUGGUGGCUUUACACUUCCAUUAGUUAGCUACAUGACCCGUGUAGCUCCAGUGCUAGAACUACAGAGGAACAUGUCUCAGCUGAUUAAAGGGUUAAACACACACACACACACACACACACACAUUAAUGAAACAACAGCAUUAAUAUCAAUGAUUUCAUAUAGGGUGUGUGUGUGUGUGUGUGUGUGUGUGUGUGUGUGUGUGUGUGUGUGUGUGUGCGCGCGCGCGUGCGCAAAGGCAGUUCUUCAGCAGCUCAUCCUUUAACACUACUGCAGUGUGUAUUUAUUGGCUUGAGGCUCCUCUUGUUUCUCCCGUGUUUUUUUCUUUGGGAAUUACAGUAAUGCUGUUCUGCUGCCAGAAUAAAGAGAAUAAAAGAGGAUUAAAAUGUUCA